CACCGCUUCCUGUCUUUGUGCUACCACGGCUGCUACUUCCAAAGGAGAAGGCCCUCAGAUCGUCGUCAACCCUGCGAUGAAAAGGAGAGCUCGCGGGACGGGAGGAGCGGUUGGUCGGAGGACAAUUCUACAGCUUUCUCCUUCGGGGCCCCGCGGUGGGAAUGCCGGGGAGAGGGAAGAAGGACCCUCGGGAUCGGAUGACGAGCAGGAAGGAGAGGGGCAAAGAUUCGUGAGAGACAAACGCGCCAACAUGAAGCCUCCCACAGUGAAAGCCACCGAGGGACUGUCUUUGCUUGGAGCCUAUGAAGAUAGCGAUGAAGAGGAUGCUGCCGAGUCCCGACCAACUGCUAUGACCUCUCAGCAUAAUCGCUCUGCGGAUAUUGACAGUACAUUAGCUAAUUUCAUGGCUGAAAUUGAUGCAAUCACCACUCAACCAAGUUCAGAUGAUGCAACGGGUCAGCCUAAAGACCCGGCUAGCAUCCCACCCAAACCAGAGGCUCAGCAGCCGGGUGCCAGUGCACAGUUUGAGUUCAACACUCAGUACUCCUUAGCUGGAGUGAACGUGGAAAUGGGGGACUGGCAAGAAGUAUGGGACGAGAACUCUGGCUGCUAUUAUUACUGGAACACUGUGACCAAUGAGGUCUCCUGGGAACUGCCCAACUUUUUAGCUAAUCAAGUGCAAAGCCUGGCUCAGUAUGCAGACAGUUCCAGUGUCAAUGGCAACGGCACAUCCCAUGCAUCUUACUACGCUGGUGCAAAUACAAGUGCUGCAGCUCCAACAUCGACUAAAGACACUAAAGUCAAGGCAGUCAUGGAGAGUGUCGUUGGCCUCGCCAGCAAAGAGGAGGAGCGCUGUGGAGUGGCUGCAUCUCUGCUCGGUCCCUUGAUCCCCGAAGAGGUGAAAGAUGCAGAGGAGAAAUGGAGAAAAAGAAUCCUUAAAGGUUUGGACGAGAACGAGACCAUUUUGGAUUCUGACGGAGAGGGUGUUCGCCCCGCCGGAUCCCCCGUGACUCCUUUGCGUGACUCGGACGCUGUCCAAACUGUGGAGAAAGAUUGUGCCGCCAAGAAGACCUCCGAGGAGAACUCUGACACGGAAGUGGCACCAGAGGAAGACACGAUGGAGCUGGAACUGGCUUUGGAGAGAAAAAAGGCUGAGCUCCAGGCACUGGAGGAUGGUGAUGGAAGCGCAGGGGGCUCCAGUCCCUCUUCUGAGACAAGCCAAGAUGCUUCUGGUUCUCGUGCCGCACUUAAGAAGAAACGGUGGAAAGCAGUUUUUCCCAGCGCUUCAAGUCCUGAUUCCAACAGUCGGAGCUCAGACCUUCCGGACAGCACACACGCCGCAAAUGUCAACGUGCUGGAGAGCAUGGCGGCAGAGGAGGACAGGGAGACGGAGGACUCUGAGCAGAAACCAGAUUUAAACGCUCCACCCAAAGAGGAAGUAGAGACACCCGAGCUCAAGUUUCAGAUUGGAGAACUGGCUAACACCUUAACCAGCAAAAUGGACUUCCUGGGCAUCAACAAAAAGGCGGUCUCGAACUUUCAGCUGCUUCUGCUGCAAACCGAGACACGGAUCGCGGACUGGAGGGAGGGCGCACUGAACGGGCUCUAUCUUCGCCGCAGGCUGCAGGAAGCCGCCGAACACAUAAAAUAUUAUGAACUUAACGCCGCCCCUAAAGGCUGGUCCUGCCACUGGGACAGAGAGCACAGGCGGUAUUUUUAUGUCAACGACCUGACCCAUGCUUCCCAGUGGGAGUUCCCGACGGAAGAGGCAAAGGGGGACGGCCCGAAAGGAAGCCACACGAGCCAGGACGAUGACAAGGCACCCAAUGGGGGGUCCGCAGGCCCGUCUGUUCGUGCGCCCGCUGCCCCACCCGCUGCCCCUCCGUCCCAUGCAUCUUCAUUGUGGUCGCCAUCUCAGCCCCCGCUUCCCGACAGCCCGCCCCCACCGCCCGAAGACCCGCCACUUCCUCCUCUCCCUCCUGGUUCGCCACCUCCACCGCCGCCCCCCCCCCCUGACAGUGAUAGUGAGAUCAUGGAGGUGGAAAUGGAGAUGGACGACGAUGACGACGAGCCCCCAGCCCCUGGAACUGAGGACAAUGGCACCGGGUGGCCUCCUUCAGCCAUUGCAGGGCUUAAGGUCAUGGAAUCAUCAAGUCUACUGGGAAAGGCUCAGAAACGCAAAGCUGGCCAGCAGAAUAAAGCCAUCAUUGGAAGCAGUCCCAUCCUGUACACGCAGCCUGUUGCCACCGCAGCUGCGGUCAUGGCUGCACCCGUCUACUGGGGCGUGCCGGCUGUCACUGCACCCAUGAUCCCGUGCGAGCCGCCCCUCCCGCCUGUUCCCACUCUGCCCCCACAACCGCCUCUGCCACCUCCCCAGCCAACCUUUGAAGCCCCGGUUUCUAAAGCGGCGCCUGUAGAAAAGGUCAAGAAACCCAAAAAGGAUAAGAAGACAAAGACCAAAAUGCCGUCCCUGGUGAAGAAGUGGCAGAGCAUCCAGAAAGAACUGGAGGAGGAGGAGAAGAGCAGCUCCAGUGAUGAGGACCGAGAGCAGCUCAACAAGAGGAGUAUAGAAGACUGGAAGCAGCAGCAGCUCUUGACAGGAAAAGCGUCAAAGAACGCCAACUUCGAGGCGCUUCCCGAUGACUGGCGAGAGCGACUGAAGAAAAGGAAGCUGAACAGCACGUGACAUCCGACGGGAACGUUUUAUAUGCGUGUUUCCAAUAACGUGUCAUGUAACUGGUCUGCUUGUUCAUUUGUGGACUUGGCGGUCCAUGCGUGGCACACAAAGGCUCUCCAUGUCCUUGGCUCUUUUUUGUAGACCACGACGUAAAUGUGCCAAACAUUUUCAGUUUCUCAAGUCCUUGUAUAGAAGCAGUCGGGAUGGCCACAAUAGUUUGUGUGGACGAUUCCUCUCUUUUAGCGUUUAUACAGGCGUGUACAUAACAUGUAUAUUGCCAUAAGCCAUGUUUUGGAAAGAGAUGGAACACUGUGUACAUUUUGUAAAGCUAUUAAACUCUUUUUCUACGUCUGCUUUUGUUUGUGCAGCCAAACAUUUGAUCCUUUAAGCGGUAGAAGAUAAAUGGAUGGACGGACGGAGGUUUGAUGGUUU